UGGCAUUGGUCGCUUGAAGGGACCUCGCCGCAACCGCUCCUCUCCGGAGUCGAAAUGAGAAAAGAACUGUGAUUGGCACAACUGCAGGGGCGAGGAUCGCCGGGAUUCCGGACUUGGCUGUCUGCCCAUUCCGGGCGUGGCUUGGACGGCGAAGUCGUUACGUAACUUAGGAGGCGUGGCCAGCACUAAUAAAGCCAGGCCCGGGAGGCGGCUGAGUUCAGCGGCAGCUAGAGCUCCGGUUUCCCAACGCGAGGCGGAGCUCGGCGGUUCCGUCUGCUUCGAGUGUAUCGUCUCCCGCCUGUGUCUCGCCGCAGCUUCCAGAGAGGGGACAGACCCCCACUUCCUCUGUCGGAAAAAUGUCUGCUCCAGCUCAGCCACCUGCUGAAGGGACGGAGGGGGCUGCCCCUGGUGGGGGUCCUCCCGGCCCUCCUCCCAACAUGACCAGCAACCGACGGCUGCAGCAAACCCAGGCACAAGUGGAGGAGGUGGUGGACAUCAUGCGAGUGAAUGUGGACAAGGUCUUGGAGAGAGACCAGAAACUGUCAGAGUUGGACGACCGAGCUGAUGCCUUGCAGGCAGGAGCGUCACAGUUUGAGAGCAGUGCUGCCAAGCUAAAGAGAAAGUAUUGGUGGAAAAACUGCAAGAUGAUGAUCAUGCUGGGAGCUAUCUGUGCCAUCAUCGUGGUAGUUAUUGUAAUCUACUUUUUUACUUAAGAAUGUUUCAUCCCUUCCCUGUUCUCCAUUGCCAUCUGAGCUCAUGUCCUCCUCCUCCUGUUUGCUCUCUCAACAAACUUCCCAUCUGCCUCCCUCCCUCCCUCCUGGCCCGGGCUUCCCCAUCAUCCAUUACACCCUUUUGGUUGCAUUCAUUUGCACUCUGUUCCUCAACACUGGAAAUGCUGCUUGUGGCACAGUCUUGAAGUCACUACCUGAAGAGCAACAGCUUGCACCUUCUCCCUAUCCCUUCCUAUGCACUCUCAUGUUCCCCAGAGCUGGACAGAGUUGGUGGCCAAGGCAGGGGCGGGGGAGGCUGAGUGACCCAAGACGCUGGCAGGGUUGGUGGUAGGGGAAGGGCAUUGGUGCCCAGGGCAUCUCCUAGAAAGGCUGCUGAGAAGGGGCCUGAGCAGAUGGGGAAGUGGUGAUGGGCCGUCAGCGGCCCAGGCCAGCGUGGUCCUGAUGCAGUACCUGCUUAGAGUCCAGCCAGCAUUUCACAGUUCUUGCUAAUCUGUUAGUCCAAGGUUUUCUGUGUUUUUGAGGACCUCACAGCCAUUUACUUUGUUCCCUAUCGGCCUGCAAAACAAGUCUUCACUGAGACUGUUUCAGAAAUGGUCCCACUUGCUUCUACUAGAAGGAGCUGUCUCUCUGUUUUCUGUGUUGUUCACAAGGGCACCAGGGAGUUUCAUCUGGCCCAAGUUAGAGACUCUUGAGUCAAUUUUAAUUCUUGGCAUACAGGGAUGCCCAUUAGUCGUGGGCCUAUUUUGAAAGUAACAAGCUUGCAGGAGCAGCUUCUUGCCCUCUCAUAAGGUCCCCUUCCUCCCUUCCCGCUGAUAAAGGAACGUGUGUGUGUGUCAGAGGUGAGCCUUGGACUCCCACGGAACCCUUUCUCUUAUGCCACUCCAGGUACUAAGACAGGUUGGGGCAAGAGGUCCUUCCCCAGGCUGCUGACCUGAGGGUCCAGGGGAGUCCCGCAGCUCCGUCUUGGUGGGGCCGCACGGUCAGUGCUAGGUGUGCAGGUGUGUGUCAUGGUCCAUGCAGCGAGAGCUGCCUGUCCACUCUGCUCUGCCUGCAGUGUUCCCAUGCCCAUCUGACCCCAUGCUGCCCUCUGUUCAUCUUUGCAUACUUUGUGUGCAGACUCUACGACCUGAGUGGCCUGAGGAUGGGAGCAGCUCAGCCUAUCCUAUCCUGAGGGCUUUUUGGGGUUUUUUUGGUGGUAGUACAGGGGAUUUAACCCAGAUCCUUUGCAGUAAGUUAUAUUCCAGCGUUUUUUGUAAUCUUUAUUUUGAGAAAGAGUCUUGCUGAGUUGCCUAGACUGGGCUUGAACUUAAGAUCCUCCUGCCUCAGCCUCCCAGAGUGCUGAGAUUUAUAGGCACGUGCCACCUUGCAGCUCCUGGGAGCUAUCGCUGAGCUUCAGGAUAGGAUGAGCCCAGGUGCUAGGGAAGAGGACAGGCUGCGAAAUACCACGGCCUUAGUGCCUUCUGUCCACUGGUACACAAGCAGGUGGCGCCCGAGAACGCUCCUCCCAUCAGCAGCAUUUCACCACAAGCCAUCCUCCCUUCCUGCCUUCCCGCCUUCCCUCCGUCCUCGCCAGGGCGGGAUGAAGAGCUGGAAGAAGGCAGUCAGUGCACCUCCAGCGCCCUUGGAGGUCUUCACCUCUCUGGGCCCCCUCCUAGUGCAGGGGUCACUGCUGGAGUAGAAGAGCCACUGUCUGGAUGCAUCUCAAGCUGGAGCAAACCCACUCUCUGCCACCUGGCCAAGCACGGGGUCAUUUCUUGUGUUUCUGCCUCUCAGGCAAGCACACCCCAUGUAGCUGGCUCUGUUCUUUUGGGGUGUUUGCCCUCCCACUUCUUUCUCACUGCACCCUGAGCCUCUUUGGUGUCUGCCCUUCCCCUCCCUCCCACUCCCCGUGUGCAUGAGCAGAUGCACAGCUGAAGCCAGGACUCUGCAGUCGGAUGAAGCCAGCUCCCGCGUCCCCAUCUUGGGUUUGCCGUUAGCUGACGUGGGCUUUCCACUGUGUGUCUGUCGUCGCCUCUGUCUCCUCCUGACCCCAGGCUCUUCCUUGUAUAGAAUGCUAACAGUUGUACUUCCACCAAAGGCAUGUGGUGUAUUUACCAGUUUCAUGUAUUCUGAACAAAGGCAGAAAAUACAGAUUCCUACUA